AUGAUCCCAAGCCAAUUUUAUGUAUUCUUUAACUCAUUAACAGAUGGUGAAGAAAAAGAAAUGAUAUAUUUGCCUUAUCAAAUGGUUGAGUCAAUGGAAAAAAGUUUAAAUCUCUCAACUGAAGCAUUAAUGGCACCACUACAAAAUAUUACACCAUCAUUUAAAAUUAAACUUACUACUUUUUCUGAUGAAUUAAAAAAUAUGACUAGAGAGAUAAAUGGUAAUGGUAAAAAAUUUUUGGCUAAUUUUUUUAACAAUCUACUUAUAAUAUAUAAAAAAUUAAUUAAUGACAAUAGUAAUUUAAUUGAUAAUACAAAUAUUUACCAAUUGGGAUAUAAUAUUAUACAGGAGUAUUUAAAUUUAUCUACUCAAGAUCGCCAAUCAUUAAGUAAACCAUUUCCAACAUUAAAUAAUCUUUUUAACAAUCCAAAUUUAUUGGAGGCGUUAAAAAGUAUCACUCCAACAUCUACCUACAACGAUUAUGUUAAUUUAAAAAAUAAGCUUAAAGAUUUAUUAUUAAGAGGCCAACUAGCACCAACUAUCAAUAACUAA